AUGUCGUCGCACCGGCGCUGCCGGUGGCCGAAGGCAGCCACCGUGGGCCUGAGCAACUCAGGAGUGGAGGCAGCCUCUGUCUGGACGAGCAGCGCUGGAUCGCCAAACCAGCAGAAGAGCGCCGAGCGGCGGCGCCGACUCCUCCUCGUCUUCCAUUUGCGGCGGGCGCCCGGCAGCCAGCGGCAGCCGGCGGCAGGCAGCAGCCAGCGGCAGCGAACGCAGUACCACGGCAAUCGACUGGUCGGCUCUGAGCUCUGUGCCAAUUCGCCGCCCUCGCGCUCCAACUCUAAGCUAAAAGUACAAAAGAGCCCCAUCCUCUCCGAAGAUUCGUUCACCGGCUUCUCCGACUGCGCUGAGUGGCCCCUGAGCAAGGGGCUCAGCGUCAACGUGGACAAGGCUUUUGAAUUCUCCUUCGUGCGAGAUCCUUUCUCGCACUUUGUCUCGGGCUAUCGCGAAGCGACGAUGCGCACAUACAAGCAGUGCUGCAACGCCCCUACUCAAGAGGGCGCGCUACCCACACCCCGCGGUGAGUGGCCGCGGCCUAUUCGUGAGUCUCAAGAGCUCGGAUGGCGGUGCCGGUACGACUGCAGCCUGUUCGUCGGCGAGGGCACGAAGUCCCUCGCAAAGGCGGUGAUGAGCGACAUUCUGGACCUGAGUCUGUUUCACGGAUCCCACUGGAACCCGAACUUCGUACACGUCGCGCUCAUGUUCGCCAACAUCUUUGGCGAGAGGAGCUGGCGCAGACCUGAUUUCAUCGGGCGACUGGAGUCCAUCGGCUCGGACUGGGACCGAAUGUGCGCCCUUCACGGCUGCCCGGAACGCCUCGCUACGUAUGGCAAGCUGGAUGAGAGCACAGGGCAGCACAAAGAGACGUCGAGCGACCAGUACGGACACGGCGCAGGCCUGCUAGCCUUGUUUGAGGAGGAGCCUCGCCUGAAAAAUGCCAUCCACAAGCUGCUUCGCCUGGAUAAGGACUGCUUGCGUGAGCACACCGCGCCCGCAAGCGGCACGACGGGAACGCGGCGGCUGCGUGACGCGGGCGACUUCAUCGAGCUGGACUCGUGGCUCGAGCGGUGA